AUGAAAACCCCGGAGAAGGCUGACACUUCGCCGAAACAGGAAAAAACCAUCGCAGAUGUUAACGCUAUGAAACAUGAAGCAGACAUAACAGAAGUUAACACCAAAUUAGCAGAAGAUAACCCAAUUUUUCAGCAGUUACUGAAGUCCUGCUCAACAUUUCCAAAGAUACGGAGAACACUUGCAUAUGUUCACCGUUUCGCCCAAAAUGUUAGAAAGAAGAACGCAAAAACAGGCCCUAUCACCGUUCAAGAAUUGAAAGAGUCGGAGAAUCAACUUUUCAAGUGGAGCCAACUACACUUAGAUCCAGACGUCAUUGACAAGAAGUUGAUUCCAAGUCUGGGGGAAGAUGGUCUAAUUCGAGCUCAUGGACGACUCGAAGAUGCCAGAUCGUUGCCUCAAGAAAUGAGAAACCCCAUAAUCCUACCACGCGACCUUCUACUUGUCAAGCUGCUGCUGCAGCAUCUGCACAUCAAGCGUGCACAUUGUGGCUACAAGAGCUUAAUUCAUGAAGCCAGAAGAAAGUACUGGAUCAUGGGGCUCUGCAGCAUGGCCAAAGCUCUCACCGCAAAGUGUAUCACCUGCAGGAAACUUCGCAAGAAACCGCUAGACCUGCUAAUGGGGCAGAUACCGACUUUUCGAGUGGCAGCUGGUUUUCCUCCCUUUUCCAACACCGCCAUUGAUAUGUUUGGACCCAUGCAUAUUAAGCUCAAUCGGAAGACUCUGAAAGAAGCCCAGGUCGUAAGUAAGUUCACUUAG